GUUGUGACACCAAAGCAUAUUCCGCCGUCCCACUACCUUCCUGAUCCCACGAUGGGCGACCUUGAUAAAUCGCAGUCAGCACUUGCUGACGAGCAGCAAUUCAUCGAAUAUGCCAGGAUGCCAACCCUUUCGAACAACAACAACGCGAAAAUUCAAAACCCUUUAAAGGGAAUUCCGAAGGAAGAGUUACGUGCUCAGGUCGAAAGAUUUGUCUCCGAAAAUGGGCUAUCGGAGCACCUUGAUUUUUUAAUAAAAGGUGCUCUAGUUGCGCAAGCACCGACUGACUUCUACAAUCUUACUGAAAUCGAUGGUCGCGAGCGCGAGGCUUUACACGACGAGGUGUCGCGAAAAUGGCAUCAACCGAGAGCUCUCUGGUUUACUAUCGUUGUCUGCUCCAUCGGUGCUGCCGUACAAGGUUGGGAUCAGACCGGCAGCAACGGCGCAAACCUCUCCUUUCCAAAGGCAUUCGGCAUUGGGUCAAAUAGCUCCCAUGACCAAUGGAUCGUUGGCCUGAUAAAUGCGGCUCCCACGAUUGCAAUGGCUCUGAUUGGUUGCUGGCUUUCCGAUCCUAUCAACAACCUAGUUGGCCGCCGUGGUGCCAUAUUCAUUGCAGGCUGCUUUUCACUUUGCUCCUGCCUUGGAUCAGCAUUCACUCAGGACUGGCCACAACUUUUUACCUGCCGCCUCCUUCUCGGAAUAGGCAUGGGUGUUAAGUCUUCAACUACUUCAGUCUACGCAUCUGAGAAUGCACCUGCGCAAAUCAGAGGUGCUCUCGCUAUGACGUGGCAACUAUACGUUGCGUUCGGUAUUUUUCUCGGGUUCUCAGCUAAUCUUGCCGUGGUAAAUACUGGACCUAUAGCCUGGCGUCUGCAGCUUGGUUCGGCGUUCAUCCCAGCUAUACCGUUAUUAUGCUUUGUCUUGUUCUGUCCAGAGAGUCCACGAUGGUAUAUUAAAAAGGGUCGAUACGCGGACGCUUUUAAAUCACUUUGCAAGUUGCGCUUCACGAAAGUCCAGGCGGCACGAGACCUUUACAUCAUGUAUGUCCAAUACACACAGGAGAAAGAAAUAAUUUCGAAGGGCGGGAGAACCUGGAAGCGCUUUGGCCAGCUUUUUACAAUUCCGCGACUUCGCCGCGCUAAUACUGCUGCGAGUAUUGUGAUGCUAUCACAGCAGAUGUGUGGAAUCAACAUUAUCUCCUUUUAUUCUUCUAGCGUCUUUAUGGACGCUGGUGUUUCUGAGAAGAACGCGCUAUGGGCAUCCUGGGGCUUCGGCUUGACAACGUUUCUAUUUGCUAUCCCCGCCCUGAGAACCAUUGAUUCAUUCGGCCGUCGGCCACUUCUUCUCGCUACAUUCCCGCACAUGGCAUGGACACUUUUAGCAGCUGGGUUUUGUUUCUGGGCACCUGCUGGCUCCCGCCUAGCGCCCAUGGCACUUUUCAUCUUUCUGUUCGCCGCCAUCUAUGCCCCCGGCGAAGGUCCCGUGUGCUAUCCGUACGCAGCAGAGGUCUUUCCGUUAUCUCACAGAGAACUUGGCAUGGCAUGGGCUGUAUCCAUCAAUGCCUUAGGAUCUGCUGUUCUCUCGCUCACGUUUCCCUGGAUGCGAAUUGCUUUUACCCCUACAGGUGCCUUUGGGUUCUAUUGCGGCCUUAACAUAGUAGCUUUUAUCAUGAUCUUUCUCUGGGUCCCAGAAACAAAGGAGCUCACACUGGAAGAGCUUGAUUACGUAUUUGCGGUCCCCUUUACCAAAUUUACGAAAUACCAGGUCAACAAGUAUAUUCCCUACUUUUACAGGCGCUGGAUCCUUUGGCAGAGGGAUGCUAGACUACCUCCUCUGUACGAUUUGUCGGAGACUCGGGUAGUCUCAUAUGGAGGUCGGGAAAUCCAUCCUGGGGCGAAACUUUCGGAUGUCUGA